AUGGAGUUUCUGCCGCCGUUCCAGCGUGUGGUGCAGCCCGAAGAGCUGUGGCUGUAUAAAAACCCCUACGUGGAGGCGGAUCAUGUACCCACGGUGCCCAUGUUUUUCAUCUCGUUUCUGUCUCCCUUGUUGCUCAUCGUCCUGGCGAGGGUGUUCAUGAAUGCCGACCGAGAAGACACGCGGGAAGCCUGCCUAGCUGCCAGCCUUGCUCUCGCCCUGAAUGGGGUUUUUACGAACGCCCUGAAGCUCAUUGUGGGGAGGCCACGGCCAGACUUCUUCUAUCGGUGCUUCCCGGACGGACGAGCGAACGCGGAGCUGGUCUGCACAGGCGACCCUGGCGUAGUGACUGAGGGACGCAAAAGCUUCCCCAGCGGGCAUGCCUCGUUCGCCUUCGCUGGACUCGCCUUCUCCGCCUUCUACAUAGCUGGGAAGCUGCGCUGCUUCACUCCCGGCCGGGGAGGCAGGGCUGUGCGGCUCUCCUGCGACUACAAGCACCACUGGCAAGAUGUGUUGGUUGGCUCAGCGAUCGGCUUCGUGCUCGCGUACCUCUGCUACAGGCAGUAUUACCCUCCUCUGACGGACUCCAUGUGCCACAAACCGUUUCCGUACAAAUCCAGACAACUGCCAGCGCACCAAGAGAAGCCCGCAGCUUCCAGCUUUCGCCUAGAUGUGUAG